GACUCCCCGGGCCCGUUGUGACCUCACCGAGAGAAGUGGUGCGGUGCGAACCGCGAUGCGUUCGGGCCAGGCUCGGCCUCCGCCGCCGUAACCCUCGCUUGCUCUGUUUCUGUUGCAGUUUUGUGCUGCUCGUCGUGAGGUGGUGCGGGGGCCGUGCCCGAGCGGCUGCCUCUGAGAGACGCGGGAGCUUCGUAUUGCCAACGACAAGGGCUCGACCCAAGGAAGGAGGGAAGGCAGCAGCUUUGAGGGGAAUGAAUUGUGCAAAUGUGUGUGCAGAGCGCUAGGAUCUGAACAGAGGAGCAUUCCCAGGAUGGGAACAGAGAGCUCGAUCCAAGGUGGCUUUAAAAGGGAUCGGUUACAGCAGCAGCCUGCUCAGCCUAGCCUAAGGCAUGAGUUGAACGGUCAUGAAGAGGAUGGAAACGAGCUACAGACAACACCAGAGUUCAGAGCACAUGUAGCAAAGAAACUGGGAGCGAUGCUAGACAGUUUCAUCACUGUCCUGAAGGACUCAUCAGGAUCCUCACAAACUUCUGGGCAGCAGUCUGACUCUGCAGAUGAUGGAUUUCGCCUCUUCUCCUCAUCUGUCCCAGGAGACUGUGGGAAAUCAGAGCCUUGCCCUGCAGCAAGGAGGAGGCAGCCAUCUAGCUCCAGUGAGAUGGACAGUGACCAAGAGUGGCAAAGGUACCAAGAGGCUGCUGUGUCAGCCACAGACAUUAUGAAGCAAAGUGCUUUUCCUGCACUGUGCCAGGAUUCCAGCCAGGAUCAGAGUCGGGGUUAUGUAGAGCACAGCCAGAAAAAAAAGAAGAAGAAGAAGAAAAAAAAGAAAAUUAGGGGAGAGAACAAUAUUCAGGAGACAAUAACAGACCCAGCAGAGUGUGAUGAGAUCUGCAAAGAUUUGCCACAGUUGGUGUCUGCAAAUGGACAGCAUGAGAGACAGGACUGCAGUCACCCAGAGAACUCAGUGUUGCCAGGAGCUGUGAAGAAGAAAAAGAAGAGAAAGAAAGAGUGAGGCUUUCGCUCUGGAAGCGGCAGGUGAAUGUGAUGGAUGAAGGAUGCUGGGAAAAAGCCCUUACAACAAGAGUUG